AUGAGUCGCCGGUUAUUCACACGGAUUGCUGAUGAUUUGGCGGGGCUAGACCCGUUUUUCACGCAACGACCCGAUGCUCGGAAUUAUGAAGGGUUCACCACAUUACAAAAGUGUACUGCGGCCAUUCGCCAACUGCUGUACGGGACAAUGGCCGACGCUUUGGAUGAGUGCUUACAGAUGUCGGCAAGAACUACGCUGGAAUGUUUGUAUCGGUUUUGCCAUAAUGUGGUGAAACUGUAUAGCAAACAAUAUUUGUGGAAACCAAACGCGUAUGAUGUUCAACAGUUGUACCAAGCUCAUGAAGCACGACACGGGUUUCCGGGAAUGCUUGGUAGCAUUGAUUGUAUGCAUUGGGCGUGGCAUAACUGCCCGACUGCGUGGCGACGCCAAUACACGCAAGUUUCUGUGGUUGAGUAUAGACGCGGGUAUUAUCUUGCUGACGGAAUAUAUCCGUCUUGGUCUACAAUUGUCAAGACUAUUCCAUUUCCCGAGGAUGAAAAAAGGAAAAAAUUCGCCAAGCGUCAAGAAGCUGCAAGAAAAGACAUCGAACACGAAGGUCGGGCGAUUUGUGAGUAUGAUGAGAAUGCAUCUUACGGGAAUACUGUCUCGGUAGAUCCGACGCAACAGGAUUUAAACUCGUUCGCGCUAACCAACGACUACACGCAUGCAAACCUUCAACAGGAUUUGACAGAACAUAUAUGGAACAACGUAAACGACAGGGACGGUGACGAAGACGAAGACGAGUAG